AUGUUUUUCCAGGCCAUGGUCGUUGUUGCUGGUGUAGUACGUUUGCACAUCUCCCUUAAAUCGAUCGCCACAUCCCUGAGGGCGGCGCCAUGGAGCGCUGAUAGGGUGCAGUUUUUCCCUGUUCACCCUAUGACAUCUAACCUCAGCCUGGGAGCACUGAAUGUUGCCGCAAGGAGCCAGACGGGCGGCUGUUUAAAGUCCGACUCCCCUUCCAGGUGUCGUAGUACCUGCCGCCGGGAGCAGCUGGACCAGUUGGUGGACGAAGUUUGCCAUGCAGGUAGCAGCGCCUACCGCGAAAUUGCGCACCCUGCGCACUUGGCCUUCAACGGUGCCUUGGUUUCCGGCGGAUUCGGGGUCUGGGGGGGCCAGCGUCCUGACUUUGAACCCCACAAAAGUUCUAGGCGUUUGACCGGCCCAGUAGCCUCCAAAGCCUUUCUUUUGGCUGUGAUUUCAACCAGACCCUUGACGGAGUCACUUGGCCCAGCAGCCUCCUGUGCCUUUCAUUCGGCGACAGGUUUAACCGACCACUGGCAGGAGUCACUUGGCCCAGCAGCCUUCAGAGCCUCUCGUUCGGCUUUCAUUUUGACCAGAAUCCGAAUGAUGUCAAUUGGCCUAGCAACCUUCUAA